GCUGCAGUAGCGAGAACGGGCACGUCAAAAAAGAAAGGAAAAUGUGGACAGUUAGAACAAACUGAGGCCAGAGAAAGACCGUUGAACUGCCUACAUCGUCUUCAUUAGGCUCAACUGAAAGGCGUAUUUGAAGUUACCGGACGAACAUUUAGGAGUUUAAGGGUCGUUUCGAGGUUAACUCGUCCCCUUGUUUCUGUGGUGGUUCGCUUUGAGGAAGCAGCUCGGCUAGCCAGCUGAAUUAGCUAGCUAGCUCGCCAGAGAUGGGGACGAGAGCAAGUCGCCUACAGGAAGACCCGGUUCCCUCUGCUUUCGGAAAAGAUGGCACAAAGCGGGAUUCCUAUCGGCGAUCCCGGUGUACCAGGCCCACCAGUCUCAUGGUCGACUUUUCGGGGAGCUUCGAGGACACGGAGGCCAACCGGAGCCGAUCGGAAGAGGGCAGCGACUCGGACCUGGGGCAGCAUGGGGCGAGCGCCGACGGUAGCCCCGCUGACCACCACAGCAUCCCUUCUAGUAUUAGCCAAGCGUCACCUGCGGACGACAACAACAGCGAGGGGAAACCCGAGGAAGAUGGUAACAUAAGCCCGGAGCCCCCCGUCGUAGCGGAACAUCAGUCCGGAGAGGAGACAGGCCGCACGCCCCACCGCACUUUUUCCGAGCGGCUCCCCGGCAAUCGGCACUCUUCCGCCCGCAGCGUUGGCGCAAGAUCCGCCCGGGUCCGAGGCACACACCAGCGGCCGGUGUCAGAGGCUUGGAUCGGCCUGUACCGUGUUAACAACCGCCAUGGCAAUAUCCGCUGUCCAUUCUGCUCAAAGCCUUUCCCGGGAGGUCGGAUUGAGGAUCACUUGUUGAGCUGCCUCACGUCUCCUCCCCUACCUUACAACACGGACGUGCUGAGUAAAGACAGCGGAGAGUGCUCCAUCUGUUUGGAGGAUCUGGUACAGGGAGAGACCAUUGCCAGGCUGGCUUGCCUCUGCGUCUACCAUAAGAGCUGCAUUGAUUCCUGGUCCAAGGUGAAACCCUGCUGCCCCGAACAUCCUUUCGAUUGACUGAAGGUUCACAUGUAUUCCGCACAGUGACCAACCUGACUCAGGAGACUACAUUGAAUCCCAAUUAAAAAAAAAAGGUGUAAUUAAACAAAUCGAAGCCCACUGUCCCCCUCAGACGCAAACCCUGUAUUUGAGUAGAUGGCAGAAGAUCCUAAGAGGAAGCUCCACUUAGCGACACCUGACGCUCUCCACGUGGAUCAGUCCACUUGAACUUGGUCGAGGCCGUUUCAAGCCAAACUUCAACAGUAAAAACGGUUACUCCAAUUUCACUGAUCGAGACCUUUGUUGCAACAGAAGCGGUGGAGGUUCCCUUUCUGCGUUAGGGACUUGGCCUGAAAAGGCACAGCAUAAAAAAACAAAAAACAAACUAAAACCCCCAGAAAAAUCAAACAUUAUCACCCCAAAAUGAUGCCCCAGAAAGAUGUCAGCCGUGGGGUGGAAGACAAAAAAAAGCUGUCUGAACUGUGACUUUGGAUUCUCUCCUGUGUAUUUUUUUCUCCCUCCGAAUGGGAUUGGUCAUUUUAUCAAGUAUUUUGCAGAAAGAGUAUUGUUCCAUGUCAUACAUUGGAUGAAUGUUUUCUUUCCUCGGCUAACCCCAAAUGAACCAACCUCACACUGAAAGCGUGAACUUUUACCACAUAAACGUUGCUUUACUUUGAACCAGCUGGAGGUUGAGGCUUUGUUUUUGGUGAAUGGGGGCUGCUGUUACUAGGUGUUUUUUUGUUUUUGUUUUUGUUGUUUUUUUUUCUUACUACCUGUAAAACAUUUCAGGGGAAGUUUGGGGGCUAAUUGUUUUUCUGAAUAGGUCAGUUUUCUUGUAGGUGGUUAGUUAGCUCUGAGUUUAAUGUGCUGCUACUUGCUGAGUGUUUAGAAAGGUUGUAGGUAUUUCAUAGGGCCAUAGUAGCGCUGGUGUUUGCACCAAUUUGAGCACUUUUGUCCAUCAAGGCUAAUUUUUUUUUUUUUUUUUUUUUCCCACAAAAGGUCUGGGUUAAGGUUGUGUGUGUGUGCUUGUUUGUGUGUGUUGAUCUGAUGACCAAGGACAAAAAAUGUCCUGAACAUGACUGAAAGUGUGUGUGUGUGUGUGUGUGUGUGUGUGUGUGUGUGUGUGUGUUAACUGUAAAUCGCCCAGAAGUCUGCUUGGUCAAGCGGGUUACCCUUUUAAUUUCUAAUGCUAGUUUUUAACUCCAGUCACUCUGGCGAACAUCCUGUAACAUGUGGCAUUGGUAUGCAACAUGGUGGCUCAUUUGGUCCUGUUCUACAUUGUAUGAGGUUUGGGUUUUUUGGCCCAUAACGCCACCCCCUCCUCCCUCCUCAUUCUCAAACCCUCUCUGGGGUGGCGUCCGGAUUUUUUUUUUUUUUUUUUUGGACCUGCCCUCAAGAGAGAGUUUUGCCAUCUGGUAACACUAAUGCCAGAUCGGGGAGGGAUAAAGGGAUGGAUGGAUUGAGGGAUGUAUUUUUGGGGGCAUGUUUACACCAUGUGGCAUCUGCCUCGCUUUCCAACACUGGAGGCUAUGGACAGCUGAUGGUAAAUUAUUACAUAACUAGCCCCCACCACUUUCCCCAAUUGUUUUUUUUUUUUUCUUUUUAAGGUUUUUAGAUAUUAUAUCAUCACAUUAUGAUCAUGAUUAUUGCUAAAUGUGUUAAAUGGCUUUCCUUUGCCUUUUUUCGUGUGUUGAUUGCCUUUGCCUGGUGAAGGGGUUCUUGUGCAAGCAGGUAUUUGUAGAGUUUUCAGGGCUGGAAGCACAACAGUAAAGCUGCUCCACAGAUGCUGUCUGGUGCAGAUUGCGCUCAGGCCAGAGGAAAGUGGGAAAGAACAAAAACAUGAAUUAACUGCUUUUGCUGCCUGCUCAAGAGGCGAGUCUGUGCCGUGUGCUUUAAUCUCUGUGUGUACAAACGGUAUGGAUCGGUGAAGAGGUCAGUCCAGUGGACAGGUUCGUUCACCCCAGCCCCCCACCCCCACCCCCCAGUGUUCUGCAGUCAGAGGUGCUAUGACUUGUCCCGCCACUAGAGGGCAGCCCUGUGCAUGUUUCUCAUUUUUUGUAUUGGUGAAUAGAAAAAAUAAUGCCAAAAGUCUGUCUGUGCAUUGGGGGGCAUUGAGUGAGAGAGUGCGGAAGACGAGUUGCAUUGAUCAUUAGAUGUUACAUUUGUUGUGGUGAUAAGUUAUAAUGUUGUACACUUUGGCUGGGAGGGGUGGGGGGGUGUUUGUGUGUGCGUGUGUGUUUUUGGGGGGAGUUGGUGGUGGUGGUGGUUGGGUUGUCAAUAAAGAUAAUAGGCAAUCUAAAACCCCACAUCACUCACAUUUUCUUUCUUGCCCCCCCUCUAAGCUGUGUGGUGCAAUACCUCAAUUUUUACCAAUGCUAACUAAACGCUCUGUGUGUAAACAAGCUCCUCUCCAACCAAGGAUGGUAUUUUGUAUAAAUGUCCCUAAAUCCUUGGUCUUGAAUCGCAGGGCGCUGAUGCCCCCUGUGCGCCCUGUGCUUUGAGGCCGACAUAUUAGAUGAGAAUGUCUUUCAAAGAGUCACCACAGCGGUAUCUGCAUCCCCAAGAUAUGGACAAUCUGCCUUUUACUCUGGUAUAAAAACAAAUUGAAUUUUAUUUAUUAAAUUGUAAAUAUGUAAUGCAAUUCAAGAAAAAUGGCUUGGUCUUUGUCUGUUCAAUAUACUGUUUCUAAGCUCCGAUCUUUUGUAUGUCUCAGAAAUUGUUUUUAUAUGUAUUUUUUACAAUAAAUAUGUGUGAGAGACGUUU